AUGGGGUCCUGUUAUUUAACAUUAUUUUUGAUCCUGUUAGCAUCCCUGUCCUCCACUACUUUAGCAGAAUGUCCACCGAUUGAUGAAAUAGAUGAUGCAGAUAUAUUGUAUCUCCAAUCAAAUUUGCAGACACCAUAUUCAGAUCAAACUAUUGCACUUCUUCGUUGUCACAUUAAUUACCUACCAAAAGGAACAUGUGACUCAAUUUACGGUUAUUCCAAUAAAACAUGCACAGAAAUAACCCUAGGAGGAAAAGGAACAAUUACAUACUUUCAAGCCUCCCAAACAACAAAAUACAGGUCUGGCACUGCAGCAUUUCUAACAUGUCCAUUUGGCCAGUUUCAUACCGGGAACCCUAUAUCAACCUGUAAAGACGGUGUAUGGUCCCCUCAAAUGGGUGACUGUUCCACUAGCCUAUUCGGGACUGCCUCAAAUUUCACUGAAGAAAAAUGCCCAACACUCCCAACUGUUCCUAAUGGAUCAAUCACUCCCAUGCAAAUAUCACUGGACAACAGUUUUACUGAGGGAGCAUCUGUACGUCUCUAUUGUAAUCCAGGAUACAUCCCUACUGGUGAAACAACUGCCACUUGUGAAAAAAACACUGCGAACAAUUUAGAAUGGAGCGAAAUUGGUUCAUGUAAAGCAGAAAGCACUACCAAUAGUAACGACACAUGUCCAAGUAUAACAGCCGAAAAUGGUACCAUCAGCUACGAUCUUUUUAAACCCAGGCAGGAGAACACGCAUGCAACGCUACUUUGUAACUUCGGUCACAUUUUACAUGGAAACAUGAUGGCUAAAUGCAUUGAAAGCAACAAUAAAACUCUGAUUUGGACUACUCUUGGUUACUGCAGUCCUCAGAUAUCCCAAGAAAUCAAAUGUCCCGAAAUAACUAUUCCGAAUGGAAUAGUAAGAUACGACCCGUUGAGACCACGUGCUCACGGAACAGUUGCAACGCUGUUUUGCAACUUCGGUUUCAUAAUACAUGGUUUUUUCACGGCUACGUGUGGUACAGACGAUAAGUGGACUCCAAAGAUUGGCAGAUGCAAAAAACUUUUCUAA